GAUAAGCAAGGAAAGAAGCCACACCGAAAACAGCCACGUGGGUUGCGAAUCCUUUGAGCUGUCGUGAGCCCUGGGUCCUCUGUCUCCCCCGCUGGCUCUCUCUCUCUCUUGCUUUGCUGUGUCUUUCUCUUCUCUCUAUGUGAGCUUUCACUUGGCAUGUUAAGGAGGGAAGUCACCAAAAUUCUUAUUCUUCGUGCAUGGGCAGCUCACAAGUCACACCCUUUUCAAUUUAUUGCUCUAUCUGGCAAAAAGGGUGACACAAUUGAAAGAAUUGCUUCCUUAAAUUUCCUAUUUUUUCGUGUGUUUUGCUGGUAGAGGUAGAGAGAGAGAGAGGGGGGCAGAGAGGAGAGAGAAAGAACUGCCAGAUUUGCAGCUCCUGAGGAUCUGUAAAUUGCGGAGAACAGGUCAAGCUACAAGCUUUUCUCCAGGUAUCGGUGAAAGUGAAGGAAAAAGCAGUUCCCGUUGGGGUUUUUGGGGGGUCUAUUCUUCAGGGAACCUCUGCUUUUGGGAUGGAUUGAGUCUCUGGCUUCUGGGUUGCCUCAAAGGGCUGGAAGAGAAUUGAAUUGGGUGCUUAACUUGCUCGGGGAUGUAGAACUGGGGCUGCAAAUGGUGGGCUUGGGACAACUGUUCUUAGAAGAAAAUCAAAGGAUUAAUAAGAAGGUCUUGUCCAAUGGAGAUGUCUAUAUUGGCGACUUUAAGGGAGAACUUCCCCAUGGAAAAGGCAAAUAUUUGUGGUCAGAUGGCACUGUCUAUGAUGGAGAAUGGGAAGGGGGUAAGAUGACUGGAAAAGGACAUAUAUCAUGGGCCGCAGGAGCCAAAUAUGAAGGUGAAUUUUCUGGUGGUUAUCUUCACGGCUUUGGCACCUUCACUCGUCCUGAUGGGUCUGAAUAUCGAGGUUCCUGGAGGAUGAAUAUACAGCAUGGGCUAGGUACGAAACAGUACUCCAAUUUGGAUGUUUAUGAAGGUUGUUGGAAGGAAGGUGUACAUGAAGGUAACGGUAGGUACUCUUGGAGUAAUGGCAAUGUCUAUGUGGGGAAUUGGAAAGGCGGAAUCAUGAAUGGUAGAGGAAUCAUGAAAUGGAUCAGUGGUGAUAUCUUUGAUGGCUCUUGGUCAAAUGGCCUGAGGCAUGGGUCCGGGGUUUAUAGGUUUUCAGAUGGGGGUUUCUACUUUGGAACAUGGACCAAAGGUUUGAAGGAUGGGAAAGGGACAUACUAUCCCGCUGGAACGAAACACCCCUCUCUAAAGAGAUGGUGUAGAUCGCUUGGUUAUGAUGAUGUUCCAAGUAGCUUUGAGUCCCGUGAUGCUUCAAUAUUGAAUUCAGUAGAAGUUGAGUCUCAAAGAACAAGCAUUAGGCGCAGUGUCUCGGAAUUGUCAGGUAGUGGAAGUUUAAGAGGUUCAGGAAGGAUAAUGCAGAGAACAGCAUCAAUAGACAGAAGUUCAAGCCGUGGUCAUUCUGCCAGAGAGUUGAUAUUUAAUAAUGAAUUAUCAAGUGCGCUGUCUCACAUCUCAGAUGAUGCUCACAGCGUGGUGCUAGACACUGAUAGAAUAGCUUAUGAACGAGAAUACAUGCAAGGCGUUUUGAUCAAAGAGAGGAUUGUAACUGCAGAGCGGUCACGGAAGACUAAGCAUAAAAACAAAUUCCAUGCCAAAGAAGCGAAAACGAACUCGUGGAUGAAUAUUUUCCAGAGCCGUCAGAGCUAUUAUCUAAUGCUUAAUUUGCAACUUGGUAUCAGGUAUACUGUGGGAAAGAUCACACCAGUUCCCAUGCGUGAAGUUCGUCCUUCUGAUUUUGGAGAGCGAGCUAGAAUAAGGAUGUAUUUUCCUAAAAAAGGAUCCCAGUUCACCCCACCUCACUACUCCGUUGAUUUCUAUUGGAAAGAUUACUGUCCCAUGGUCUUCAGGAAUUUAAGAGAGAUGUUCAAAUUAGAUGCAGCUGAGUACAUGAUGUCUAUUUGUGGUGAUGAUGGUCUGACAGAGCUUGCUUCACCUGGGAAAAGUGGCAGUCUCUUCUAUCUUUCUCAUGAUGAUAGAUUUGUGAUCAAGACGUUAAAGAAGGCCGAGCUCAAGUCCCUUCUCAGGAUGUUGCCAAAAUAUUACUGUCAUGUAGGCAAGCAUGAAAAUACUCUCAUAACGAAGUUCUUCGGGGUUCAUCGAAUAACAUUAAGAGGUGGACGAAAGGUACGGUUUGUGGUCAUGGGUAAUAUGUUUUGCACAGAAUUGAGAAUCCAUCGUCGUUAUGAUCUGAAGGGCUCAUCUCAUGGAAGAUACACAGAUAAAGAUAAGAUCAAAGAGGGUACCACAUUAAAGGACCUUGAUCUAGAUUAUGAAUUUCACAUGGACAAAUUAUUGAGAGAGUCACUCUUCAAACAACUUCAUCUGGACUCCAAGUUCCUAGAAUCUCAGAACAUAAUUGAUUAUAGCCUUCUCUUGGGGUUGCAUUUCAGAGCACCAGAGCAGCUGAAGGCCGUUUUAGAGCCUCCUGGUGCCACAACCAAUCAUGAUAGUUUUUCUUCAGAUGAUGUUGGUGUGAGCUCUCAAGGGGAGCCCUUGAUACCGCCGACCGGAUUGAUCUUGGUCACUCAUGAACCUAGUUCUGUCAACACGGCACCUGGUCCUCACAUCAGAGGUAGCACACUGAGAGCUUAUUCUGUUGGUGAGCGGGAAGUCGACCUGUUACUGCCCGGGACUGCAAGGUUGCGGGUUCAGCUAGGAGUGAACAUGCCAGCUCAGGCGAGUCACAAGCUGCUGCAAGAAGAGGGCGGUCCCACGGAGGUUGAACUCUUCGAGGUCUAUGACGUGGUUCUGUACAUGGGAGUAAUCGACAUAUUGCAGGAGUACAACGCUAGGAAGAAAGCCGAGAAUGCUUACAAAUCACUCAAGUUCAACCCCCUAACGAUUUCUGUCGUUGAGCCAAAGCUAUACGCUCAGCGGUUCCUCAGUUUCCUGCAGAAAGUGUUUCCGGAGCCUCCCUGAGAACUUAUAUCCAAAGCUGCGUGUGGUGUAGCUCUCCAUCUUUUGUUCAGGUAAUUGCCGGUGAUGGUGAAUUCUAGCCCGGCUCUCGAAUCGAAUCUCUUUUGAUUUCUGAGAUGGAAGUCUCUUUGCAACUUUUGUAGGAGAAAGGUGCAUUCAUAAUUUCUUUUCUAUAGGGAGUACAGUAACAGUGUCGAUUUUUGUACAGUAGUAAUAUUCAUUUAGCCUAUAAAAAUUCAUGCACCAUGAUUUUUUUUUUAAUCUACGUAGAAAUAACUUUAUUUAACUUGUCAUUUCGCGGCGUACGAAACUUUUAGCUAAAAACACAGUAUCGUUGAGUACAUCUCUAUCGUUCUCCUCCAAUCGUCAAACCAUGCUUGAAGUCUUGCAAUGUCUUUCUCCCUGCAAGUUUGAGUGCUUGUUAAGCUAGAGGUCAGUCGCAUGGAUAAUAUCGAAUCCUCGAAGUCUUCAGCCUCGUAAAUCGAGAGAUUUCAUUCUCAAUCAUUGGCUUGAUUCUCGUAAACGAGCCUCCUCCUUUCUUCGUGCAAUUCUGACAAAAUAUAAGUCGAGAGAUUUCACGUUACGCAAACCCUGCAAAAAUUUCACGGCUACUCGACUACACCAUCCCAACUCGUUAUACAAACCCGCAUAUGGAUAGGACACCAUGAGCACAGUAGCGCGAUCGAGGGACGGAAGGUUCAACUCGGGGAGUUCUACAAUAUGACUGACAUGAGUAGUGAAACAGAACGACUCGAGCUUCGGGGCCGACACUUGACUGACUGAAAACCCCCUCGAAUUACGAAUCUCCAGUCUCAGCAACUGGAGCCCGGUCACUUUGAAUCCAUCCGAGUACGACGAGAGACUGCAAUCGAGUAGCUUCAAGCAUCUCAAAAGAGGGAUGUUGGCAAAAGGAUCGUGGCCGCGAGAAACCAUCCACUCGCAGCCACGCAGCUCCAGAGUGGUCAGCAUUCUGCAGCCCGAAAUCGAGCCGAGAUCGACCCGGUAGCAAUCGACCAGCUCGAGAGCCUCGAGAGCCUCGAGCGGGUUUUCGUCGAGCAAGAUGCCUAGAUCGUCUCGGUUAUUCACUCUCGUGUAUUUGGAUGUGAAGCUGACCUUGUGGAUGGUUGCGUGUUGUGACCGGAGGUGAAGAAAUUUGCGUACGAAAUUUAUGCCGCCUUGGAUCGCGGAGAAGGAGUUCUGGUUGAGAUUGAGGACGCCGACGUCUUUCCACAGGUCCCUCCACCUCUUCGAGAGCACGCUGGCUUGGACGACGAGUUUUGUGUCGUCGAGCGACGAGAGGAUGUGAUACAGAAUGUCGUCGGAAAGAUCGCUCACUCGAUCAUCUUUUACUUCUGCGCCGUCGUCGUCACGUCUCGUUUUUCGAGGCAUAACGGACACAAAAGGUGAAUCAAACUGUCCCGAUGAGAAAUUGUCGGCGACGGUUUGCUGGCUAAGUUC